GGGACAGGGACCGGGCCGAGCGGAGCCACUGCGCCAGUGCUGCCCCGCCAGUCGGGGCGCCUAACGGAUCGGAGCUGCGCGCGGAUUUACCUCGCCCCGCCCCGCUCCACCCGCGAGGGUGGCCAGAGGCAGCCGGGAUGACACUUCUCCCCAGGAACCCUGCUAUCUGCUGAGAAACAUGACCAGCAAAUCUCACUGGAAGCUCCUGGCCCUGGCUCUGGUCCUCGUUGUUGUCAUGGUGUGGUAUUCCAUCUCCCGAGAAGACAGGUACAUUGAAUUCUUUUAUUUUCCCAUCUCAGAGAAGAAAGAGCCAUGCUUCCAGGGUGAGGCAGAGAGGCAGGCCUCUAAGAUUUUUGGCAACCAUUCUAGGGAGCAUCCCAUCUUUCUGCAGCUUAAGGAUUACUUCUGGGUAAAGACACCGUCCGCCUAUGAGCUGCCCUUUGGGACUAAAGGAAGUGAAGACCUUCUUCUCCGGGUGCUGGCCAUCACUAGCUAUUCUAUACCUGAGAGCAUACAGAGGCUCGAGUGUCGUCGCUGUGUGGUGGUGGGGAAUGGGCACCGGUUGCGGAACAGCUCUCUGGGAGGUGUUAUCAACAAGUACGAUGUGGUCAUCAGAUUGAACAAUGCUCCUGUGGCUGGUUAUGAGGGAGACGUGGGCUCCAAGACCACCAUACGCCUCUUCUAUCCUGAGUCGGCCCACUUCGACCCUAAGAUAGAAAACAACCCAGACACGCUCUUGGUCCUGGUAGCUUUCAAGGCGAUGGACUUCCACUGGAUUGAGACCAUCUUGAGUGAUAAGAAGCGGGUGCGGAAAGGUUUCUGGAAGCAGCCACCCCUCAUCUGGGAUGUCAACCCCAAACAGAUCCGGAUUCUAAACCCCUUCUUUAUGGAGAUUGCAGCAGACAAGCUCCUGAGCCUGCCCAUACAACAGCCACGGAAGAUCAAGCAGAAGCCAACCACGGGUCUGCUUGCCAUCACUUUGGCCCUACACCUCUGCGACUUAGUGCACAUCGCUGGCUUCGGCUAUCCAGAUGCCUAUAACAAGAAACAGACCAUCCACUACUAUGAACAGAUCACACUUAAGUCUAUGGCGGGAUCAGGCCACAAUGUCUCCCAAGAGGCUGUAGCCAUCAAGAAGAUGCUAGAGAUGGGAGCUGUCAAGAACCUCACCUACUUCUGACUUGGAUGAGAGCUGUAACACCUUGGUUCCCUACUUUGCCAACUGAGUAGGCCCUGUCUACAGCUUAGAGGUGCCUGGUGCCAGUACAACCCAACUGACCUCACCCUCAAUGGAGAGGGUGUUCUGGGACUGGCCAGGUCUCAGGAGACAGGGUGAACAGACACAGUGAGGCUACAGGAGCCUGGCCGAGGUGGGGGAGGGGGAGCUGUUGCCGUGGCAUCCCCUCUCUGCCCGCACAAAGAGCUUUUUGUUUUGUUUUGUUUUGGAUUGGUAGUGGUGGUUUGGUUAGUCCUUUUGUUUGUUCGUUUGUUUUUGUUUGUUUUGUUUUGUUCUUGAGACAGGGUCUGACUGUGAAGCCCUGGCUAAUCUGGAACUCACUAUGUAUGUAGACCAGGCUGGUCUUGAACUCACAGAGAUCCAACUGCCUCUGCCUCCCAAGUUUUGGGAUUAAAGGCGUGUACUAUGCCUGGCCCCAGCACCAAGAGAUUAUUUAACAUGCUAUUUAAUUAAGGGGUAGGAAAAUGAAUGGGCUGGUCCCAGGACAUUCACUGAAAGGGACACAAUACAGUGUUCUGCCCACUUUUUAAUAAAAUUUACAUAUGAUUGGCCUGUUAAGGCCCAAUUCUAGAGCUGGCCUCCCAGAAAGAUGGAGGCUUCAAGAGUGGGAGGGUGUCCUCCAGAGAGUGGGUGCUACCUCCCAGCAGGCAUGGGGGGAGCAUUGACAAGGGGGUUCCACCUAGAAGGGGCCUCACCUUGAAAAGAGGUUACAAAAGAUCAUUAAAAUAUUUUUUUUUCCUAAAA